AUGGCUAAUGCAUUCUCUUCCUCAGACUCUAAUGGGGCUGUCGUGUGGGGUGACGUUGAGUAUGACGGGAGAGUCAUUCUGUAUAUCAUCAAAGCCGACCAGACGUCCUACAUCAACUACAUCAAACCACUCAUUUUAGCUGAGGAGCUGCAAUUUCCCCACCUGCUCUCUGUUAUCGACACGCGCGAUGAGUGGUUCUACAGCAUUCAUCCAGAACGCAUGGUCCCGUCUUUGAAAGAUCAAGACCCUGUCACAAGCGAGAAGGUCAUCGUCUUCGAGAGCACGGCCUGUCUUCAAUAUCUUGCGGACCGAUUCGACGCAGACGGUAGCUGGAGUGGCCGCACGGCCGCCGAGAAGGGCGCUGUCCUGGCUUGGACGGCGUAUCAGACUGCAGGCUUGGGACCCACGGCGAAAUACUGGUUAUAUUUCAUGCGAGGCUAUCCCACGCGAGCUAACCCAAUUAAACUUCCACGGACUAUUGAAAAAUUGCAUGCAAACACUUUGAGGCAAUGGGAUAUCCUGGAGAAGAGACUGAAGGAGGCCGACCAGCAGUACAUUGCCCUGAAGGACCGACCAACUCUCGCUGAUUUGUCCUACUUUCCUUUCGCAAUGCCGUGGAUGUUUACUUUUCUAGGCGUGGACAUCAAGGACUGGCCACAAAUUCAAGCCUGGAGUGAACGUAUGUUGAGCCGGCCUGCGGUGGCUCGGGUGUUGGAGCGCGCUCCUACGUUAGGGCGUUGA